AUGACACCAGUUUCUCGACUCCCAUGGGCCAUAGCCACUUAUUCUGCUGUCGCAAUGGCCUCUAAGCGAUUGACAUUCGUAACUGGAAAUCACAAUAAAUUGAAGGAGACCAAGUAUAUUCUAUCUCAAGGAACGCCAAUAGAAAUAGACUCGCAAGACCUAGAUAUACCCGAACUGCAGGGCACUACCCAAGAAGUCGCCAUAGCAAAAUGCCGUCGCGCAGCUGAGCUGCUGGGGAAGCCAUGCAUAACGGAGGAUACCGCAUUAUGUUUCGUAGCGUAUAAUGGGCUACCUGGCCCAUAUAUCAAGCACUUUAUGAAGACACUCGGCCACGAAGGCCUGAAUAACAUGCUCGCAGGAUUUUCGACGAAAGAUGCAUAUGCGCUUUGUACUUUUGCAUACAGUGCGGGUCCGGGCACUGAGCCGAUCCUCUUUGAGGGCCGCACAGACGGUACCAUCGUCCCUGCCAGGGGACCUGGCGAUUUCGGGUGGGACCCUGUCUUCCAACCAAAAGGUUUUGAUCAAACCUACGCCGAAAUGACCAAGGAACAGAAGAAUAUCAUUUCUCACCGAUACCGCGCACUGCAUAAACUCAGGGUAUAUUUGGCGACCACUGAGAACAACUUCUAG